GUCUGUUUUUGUAACAUAACUUGGCAAGUCUGCUUCUUCAACUUUUCUCCUCUCUAAGCAAAAUCUAACUCCUUCCCUUCCAAAUAAACACCAACACCAUCUCCACCAUUUCUCAUCACAACACAACAAUUUCUCCUCCAUUUCUCUUCAAUUCUCAGAGCACCAUGGAUCUCCCCAUCUAUGGUGUCUCCAAGUUCCUCAGUACUCUCCUCCUCAUUCUCCUCCUCUCUGCAUCAUCUUCCUCAGCAUUGCCUCCGUCUUCUAAUUCCACAAUCAGCUCCAACUCAGUCCUGGUUGCUCUUCUUGACUCCCAUUAUACUGAGUUAGCCGAACUCGUUGAGAAGGCGCUUCUUCUUCAAACCCUAGAGGAAUCUGUCGGUAGACAUAAUAUUACCAUUUUUGCUCCGAGAAAUGAAGCUUUGGAGCGUCAGCUUGACCCCGAGUUCAAGCGGUUUUUGCUUGAACCUGGUAAUCUUAAGUCUCUUCAGACUCUGUUGAUGUUUCACAUUAUACCUAAACGACUUGGAUCCCAUGACUGGCCGGUUCUUAAAGCUAAGCCCGCUAAGCAUACCACUCUCUGCAACGAUCAUCUUCAUUUAAUUACUAAAUCUUCCGGCAAGAAAGCCGUCGACAGUGCCGAGAUUCUCCGGCCCGACGAUGUUAUCCGACCCGACGGAGUUAUCCAUGGGAUUGAGCGGCUUUUAAUUCCGCAAUCUGUUCAAGAAGACUUCAACCGGAGAAGAAAUCUCAGAUCUAUUUCAGCUGUUUUACCAGAGGGCGCACCGGAGGUGGAUCCGAGAACCCACAGGUUAAAGAAACCGGCAGCUGCCCAAGUUCCAGUGGGUGCACCUCCUGUUCUACCCAUUUUCGACGCAAUGUCACCGGGUCCUUCACUAGCUCCGGCGCCGGCUCCGGGACCCGGCGGGCCUCACCAUCAUUUCGACGGUGAGAGUCAGGUUAAAGACUUCAUCCAAACACUUCUGCUGUACGGUGGGUAUAACGAAAUGGCUGAUAUUUUGGUUAACUUGACUUCACUGGCUACUGAAAUGGGUCGGCUAGUUUCAGAAGGGUAUGUUUUAACGGUGUUAGCGCCCAACGAUGAAGCUAUGGCUAAGCUAACGACGGACCAGUUAAGCGAACCGGGUGCGCCGGAGCAGAUUAUAUACUACCAUAUCAUACCGGAGUAUCAAACGGAGGAAAGUAUGUACAAUGCGGCCAGAAGAUUUGGGAAAAUUAAGUAUGACACUUUGCGUUUGCCGCAUCAGGUUAUUGCCCAAGAGGCGGACGGGUCUGUCAAAUUCGGAUCCGGUGACGGGUCUGCUUAUUUGUUUGAUCCGGAUAUCUACACUGAUGGGAGAAUUUCAGUUCAAGGAAUUGACGGUGUUUUGUUCCCGGAGGAGGAGAAAGAAUCCGUUGCUAAACCGACCACCACCGCCACCGCCUCAGUCAAGGCUGUCACUCAGCCCAGGAGAGGGAAAUUAAUGGAAGUAGGGUGUAGAUUGUUUGGAGCUUUUGCACAAUUCAGUACAUGUGAUCAACAAUGAAAUCUCUGCACAGCUUUAAUAAUAUUAGUAAAGAUGGAAAAAUUGGACAAAUGGAAACUUUUGUGUAAUAAAAAAUUCAGAAGUAGAAGGGAAUAUGGAGCAAUUGGCUUUGUAUGAUUUUCUCAGAAUUCCCACAAAAAAAGAGAGAGUUUGUUGUUAUUUUGUUAUAAUUACUGUAAUUACUAUAUAUCAAUUUUUUAAUUAA